GGGGGCACCAAAGCGGAACCUCGGGUUGGGAGAUGUUGUUCUCUCAGGUGUUAAUUAGUGGUAGGAAGUUUAUGUGCCUGGGUUGAUAUUUAGCCAAAUAAUAAAAAAAAAAGGGGUGCAUCUGUUCGGUUUUAAGUUGAGUUACCCUGGCCGAAAGUCUGCAGCAGUGUUUUUGAAACACGUAAAGACAACAGGUAAAAAAAAAAAUCAGUCUAGUCCAAACAUGCUAUAGCGACUAACUUGACCAGGCGUUCUCCUCCGCAGUUCAUCUAAAACCAGUGCGCUUAUAUAAAGGUAAAAUACACCUACUUGUGAGUGCAUAACAGGAAUAAGGCUGAUUCCAAUAUAGCUCCAAUGAGGAUUACUUCCCUGGCCCAGCGUGUGCAGCUGACCUGGAGAAACGUGUCCAUGAAUGGCUUCAAGAGACUGAUCGGCCCGACACCAUGCGCAACAAUUGCGCAACACCUCCUGACAUUGGCUAGAAGAUCGGACGAGCAGAGAGAGGACGCCGAGUGAGGACCCUGCUGCUGAGAGGAACUGCAUAACUGUGGCUGCUUCUCAUCGUCUGUAACUCGGUGGGCUCCGCUCUCACAUCUGAUGACUGCCCCUCAGGUGGCUGGACUACUGGGCUGAGCGGGAAGCCUUUGUGUUUGCUGAGGGGUGCACCCCGGCUUGUAUGCUGGUCACUUGCACUUGUACUCGCUCGCAAGGACCAUGUGGUUUUCUCCAAGGAGAAAUCGUUUCCCGUCACAGAACUGGCAUGGCGCCCACAAUUGCACCAAUUUCGGCGUGUCCUUGUGGGUAUUAAGUUUUUGCUGGUGCUUUGCGGUUGUGAGAGGUCAGAACUACCACCCCACUGUGAACACGCAGUACGGGAAACUCAGAGGGGUGAGGGUGCCUCUGCCGAGCGAGAUCCUGGGACCGGUCGACCAGUAUCUCGGGGUCCCGUACGCUGCCUCCCCCGUGGGAGAGAAACGCUUCAUGCCCCCGGAGCCUCCGUCCUCCUGGUCGGGGAUCAAGAAUGCCACCCACUUUGCUCCGGUCUGCCCCCAAAAUAUUCACAAUGCUGUGCCAGAGAUCAUGAUGCCAAUAUGGUUCACCUUCAACCUGGAUAUAGUUACCACAUACAUACAGGAUCAACACGAGGAUUGUCUUUACCUAAACAUCUAUGUUCCGACAGAGGAUGUCAAAAGAAUAUCCAAGGAAUGUGCCAGGAAACCCAACAAGAAAAUGUGUAGAAAAGGAGGGGCCCAUGCAAAAAAACAGGGCGAGGAUUUGUCGGAUAACGACGGUGAUGAAGACGAAGACAUACGAGACACCGGGGCCAAGCCUGUGAUGGUCUACAUCCACGGAGGAUCCUACAUGGAGGGGACGGGCAACAUGAUCGACGGCAGCGUCCUGGCCAGCUACGGAAAUGUCAUCGUUAUCACUCUCAACUACCGCGUCGGAGUCCUCGGCUUCCUCAGUACGGGUGACCAGGCCGCCAAAGGGAACUAUGGGCUCCUGGACCAGAUCCAGGCUUUACGGUGGAUCAGCGAGAACAUCGGCUUCUUCGGCGGAGACUCCAACCGCAUCACUGUGUUCGGUUCUGGGAUCGGAGCUUCCUGCGUUAGCCUGCUCACCCUCUCCCACCACUCUGAAGGUCUGUUCCACAGAGCCAUCAUUCAGAGCGGGUCAGCGCUCUCCAGCUGGGCAGUGAACUACCAGCCGGUCAAGUAUACGCGUCUCCUGGCGGAGAAGGUGGGCUGCAACGUCCUGGACACGUCUGACAUGGUGGACUGUCUGAGAAAGAAGAGCUCCAGGGAGCUGGUAGAGCAGGACAUACAGCCGGCGAGGUACCACGUAGCCUUUGGACCUGUAAUUGAUGGCGAUGUCAUCCCCGACGACCCGGAGAUCCUGAUGGAGCAGGGCGAGUUCCUCAACUACGACAUCAUGCUGGGGGUCAACCAGGGCGAGGGGCUGCGCUUCGUGGAGAACGUGGUUGAUUCGGAGGACGGCGUGUCCGGGAACGACUUUGAUUUCUCUGUGUCUGAUUUUGUGGACAGUCUGUAUGGGUACCCAGAGGGCAAGGACACGCUGAGGGAGACUAUUAAGUUCAUGUACACGGACUGGGCGGACAGGGACAAUCCGGAGACCAGACGAAAGACACUCGUGGCCCUGUUCACCGACCACCAGUGGGUGGAGCCAUCGGUGGUGACGGCCGACCUUCACGCUCGCUACGGUUCGCCCACCUACUUCUACGCCUUCUACCACCACUGCCAGAGCCUGAUGAAGCCCGCCUGGUCAGACGCCGCCCACGGGGACGAGGUGCCCUAUGUUUUUGGAAUUCCAAUGAUCGGUCCUACCGACCUUUUCCCCUGUAACUUCUCCAAGAACGACGUCAUGCUCAGUGCUGUGGUCAUGACCUACUGGACCAACUUUGCAAAGACUGGGGAUCCCAACAAGCCGGUUCCCCAGGACACCAAGUUCAUCCACACCAAGGCCAACCGUUUCGAAGAGGUGGCCUGGUCCAAGUACAACCCCCAGGACCAGCUGUACCUGCACAUCGGCCUGAAACCGCGCGUGCGCGACCACUACCGCGCCACCAAAGUGGCCUUUUGGAAACACCUAGUGCCCCAUCUGUACAACCUCCACGACAUGUUUCACUACACCUCCACCACCACCAAAGUGCCCCCGCCGGAGACCACGCAGAACACCCUGUCCACCAAGAGGCCCAACGGGAAAACCUGGCCGUUCAACACCAAGCGGCCGCCCAUGUCCCCCGCCUAUAACAGCGAGGACAAGGACUCCUGGAACGACGACGAGAAGACGGACCCGCUGGUGGUGGAGAACCCGCGGGAUUACUCCACCGAGCUCAGCGUCACCAUCGCUGUGGGAGCCUCGCUGCUGUUCCUCAACGUCCUGGCCUUCGCAGCCCUCUACUACCGUAAGGACAAGCGGAGGCAGGACUCCGGCCACGGCCAGCCCAGCCCGCAGCGCCAGACCACCUCCAACGACAUUGGCCACCACGCGCCCGAGGAAGAGAUCAUGUCGCUGCAGAUGAACCAGACGCACCAUGAGUGCGAGGCGGGCAACAGCAACGAGGGGGCACUGCGGUUGGCGUCGCUGCCCGACUACACGCUCACUCUGCGGCGCUCUCCGGACGACAUCCCCCUGAUGACGCCCAACACCAUCACCAUGAUCCCCAAUUCCCUGGUGGGCAUGCCCAACCUGCACCCCUACAACACCUUCACGACCGGCUUCAACUCCACCGGCCUGCCGCACUCCCACUCAACCACCCGCGUAUAGCUUUAAGGAGGCCAGAGGCAGCCGGCGCAGGCGGGGGGGAAUGGGACGCGGCGGUGGGGUGGAGUAGGAGGAGGAGGAGGAGGAGGAGGAGGAGGAAGAGCAAGAGGAUGAACGAAUGGAGAAGAGGAUUGUGUUUUAUAAAUAUCACAGGGAGGGGGAGGGCCGUGACGGGGACGGGAGGGGAAGGGCAGGAGUCGGAUUAAACGUGAGGAGAUUUAACUAGACUUUUACUACGAGGAGAGUUGCUGAGAGCUCUCUAUGGAUGUCAAGUUGUGCAGAGCUGCCAAAAUCAAACUGCUUCCCCUCUCCUGAUCGGGGGAGGGGGUCUUUCUGCAGUGUUUUUUUUCUAUAUAAAAAAAAAUCAUUUUAAAAGCCUUUUUAAGCAAACUGAGGAGAUAUCAACACUUUUUUUCUUGAAUUCAUAACAGAAACAAAGAGAAGUGCUUUUUAUUUCCCAUCCCUUCCUCCUGCGGGAGACACAUCUAGAACAAUGGCCUCUACGUCAAUAUCCGCGAAAUGUUUUUAAUUGCUUCUUUGUUUUGUUUUACGUUUCAAUGCCUUACGAAGCUCGUUCUUUUUUGUCAUUCUUUCUAUUCCCUGAGACUAUUCCGUGUGGAGUGGGUUACAAGCAGAUGAGACUCAGAGAUGAGAGACUGAAUCCAGGAAGGGAAUCUAGAGGAUAUGCAGAUGUAGUGAUUUUAAACCCAUUUCGGGCGACUCAUUUUAAUUUUCUUUUGCGUACCGACACAACAGCCACACAAAUGAUGUUAUCUUUUUUUUUCUUCUUCUUUUUUUUUUUUUCUUUUUUAGCUCUUAUAGAAAUAAUUGGUUUGGGACAGCUCUUGCCAGAAGAUGACAAGGCAGAGAUAAAUACUAUGUUACUGUGAUUGUUUUGUUAAGAAAAAAAAAAAGUGCAUCUUUUACAGCCAGUUUAUCUGUUAAGCUAUCUGAUAUUAUCUCCACAAAGUGUGCACGUACACAUGCUGCUUUGAGCACCCGUGUGUUUGUGUGCAUGUGAAAACGAGUUCUCAUUCGCGAGUGCGGUGAAGAGGCCGAGAGAAAGGAAGAGAUGCGGUUUUGGAACUUGCAAAUGCAAGAGUGAUGAGUGUGAGAGAGUGUGUGUGUGUGUGUGUGUGAGUGUGAGUGUGAGUGUGCACCUGUUUUUUUUGUUGUUUUUUUUUUUUUUUUUGGUUUUCUCUUGUUUUGUAGGUUAUAUAGUGUGGGUUUUAAAGGGUCGCGAGGGCUGAGUACUUUCUCAUGCUGUUGAUUUUGGUUUCGCCACCAGUAGUGUUUCUGCUGCGUCUCUGGGUGUCUGUCUUCGCGAAAUAGCACUUUUGUUAUUUUCAAAGUUCUAUAUGUCUAAUUUUGCUUAAAGAUUACGAAAUAAAUCUAUUAUUUUAUGUGUAAGAGAAGAAAAAAAAAAUAGCUAAAGAUUCAACUGAACUAACUGACAUGAUUCCAUUGACUUUGUAAGAGUUUCUCUUCUGAGGCAGACAGUGGCCUGUUUGCACUGAACAAACCGACAUCAGUGCACACUUGUAUUUCUUUGAAUAUAUAUAUAUAAAUAUGGGCAUACAUACAUAUAUGUAUAGGGCUUCUAUAGAGAUAUCAUCCCCACGUACGAUCGAUUAAAACAUAUUAGGCUGAAACGCAUUUAAUUUCCGUGUAUUGUUGUUGCCGUGUGAGGCACGCCAAGCCAAGACCACUCUAGGUGUCUUUGUAAGAGCUCUAUAUGUAUAUUUAUGUAUAAAAUAUUUAAUAUUUAUUUAUGUAUACCAGAUGCAUACAUGCUGAUUGUGCCAUGUGCCAAAUUAAAACUGUAAAAAAAAAAAAAAUGAAGAAUAUAAAGUUUCACUAAACUUUUUUUUCUCUCGUAAUCAAAGUUCUUUUCUUCCCUUUUACGACUUUUUAUUAUUUCCAUUCUGAAUGAGUUGAAAAAGAAACACUCUUGCAGCAAGUGCAAGGCUCCCCCCCAGGACUUCCUCUCUACCUCCCUCCUCUUUCUCCAUCCACUCCUCCUCCUCCUCCCCUCCCCUCCCCUCACCUCCCUCCCCUCCCCCUCCCCCCUCUCUCCUUUUCUCUCGCUGAAACCUUUGAGAAAAACAGGCUAACAGCUUGGGGCCUAUCUGCGUGCAUAACUCCAGAUUUUACUGUAAUUCAUGCAAAGUAGCGCUGCAGCACAGGGAGAUUGUGAAAAGAUUGCCUUGAUGUACCCACAUUGCAUCCUAUUAUAUGUUAUUCUCGAGUAGAAAACUGGAGUUAUUGAUUCUGCGAGUAAAACUGACAAUUUUCAUUAAGAGGCUUGGCAUAGCGCAGAUUGUCUCCUGCUUUGCAGCAAAGUGCAGUAAUGUGACCCGACCGGUGAUCCAAGAUCAGCGCUGCAAUUUCUAGGUACUUCAUGCAGAUAGACCUCAAUAUUUUUAUGAGGUAUUCCAUUACAGCUUCUCCUGGUAUUUAAUGACUGGAGACGCAGCGGAGCGAGAAGCACAGUCUGGUCAGCUCAUCACUGAUCCAGCCAGUAGCAGAAAGCCAGAAGGGGUCAUUUGAGGGAGAACGCUUCGAGACUGAUGUAUAUGAGUCAUCUUGUUUUUGCUCAUCUCGCCGUACACGGGGCUCACCUACUAAUCAGUCCCUGUCUUCGACUGAGCCACAGCUGGUAAGAAAGAAAUGGGCGGUUGGUUUCUUCCCGCCGCCGUCUGAGACAUAUAGAAACGACGAUGUGUGUGCGCGUGUUUGUGCAAAUAGUCCAACUCAGUUUCAGUUGCAACGGUGUCGGCAGAACCUUGUUUUCUCGCAGAUUAUGAAGAACGUGUCAUCUAGAGCAAGGCUAUUAUUUUUAAAUACUCGUGACUUCCAGAUCUCAAAUAAAAAGGUUGAUUUACUCAAAAUACUCGAGCAGUUUAGGUUUUAUUUAUGAAGGAUCGAUCGAUAAUUUGAGGAAUCAAAGUUUCUGCUAGCAACUAAAGUGAACUAAAAUUAGUUUGCCGUGCUCACAGCGCUGACGUAUCAUAUUGAUUAAAAAACAAAUAAAUAAAUAAAAUAAAAUCAGUGUAACAUGUAUUUCACUUUUCAAUAUUUUACACCCACACAAGCAAAUCAGAAUCAGAAUUGCGUUUGACUUAAAGCUAGUAACAGAUAUCUGCAUAUGAAUAUGAGCAGACACCUACGCCUGUACGCCUCAACUCAGCACACUGAACAGGAAGUCAUUGCCCUCAUGGCAGCUUCAUGGCAGCAAAGAAGCGCUCAGAUUCCAAUUCAUGAGACAAUAGCUGGAGGUCCUCCAGGUUGGUUAUCACCCGGCUACGAUCGUUUCCAGAGCAUUUUUUUAGCUUAUUUCCGUUGCUUGGUUCCGUUGCUCUCUCACCGCUUUAAAACCGUUGUUUCUCAUUUGAAAGGGGGCUGCAGAGGACAGUGGACAGGCAGCCAGAAGCAAAACUCCAAAAACAAAUGCUGCGUCCCUGCCCCGAUGUGCGAACAAGCAGCUGCUUGCCAACAAGUUUGCAACGAGUGUUGUGUGGCCAAUGAUAGUCAUUAUAGCGUGAAUGUUGUGUUAUAAAAUGCUGUUAGCGCCACAAACAAAAUCCUAGCCACCAUUCUGGUGAUUAUUUAUUCAUGUUUUGAUAUGAGCUAAGACCUGCUGCAGAUGGAGGCCGCGGGACGUGGAUGAAAGCUCCUGGACACCGGACGGGCUAAGUGCACCUCGCGCCCCCUGAAAGAUUUUUCGUGUACGCGUCUUUUGAUAAUUUGUGUGAGCCGACCCUUUAAGGCAGGAUGUGAUUCAAAGUGGACUGUUCCCUCGCCUGAUUCAUGUGCGGUGGUGGGAGGUCAGUUUCCGUUGGCUCCAGCACACACACACACACACACACACACACAGAGACACACACAGAGUGGCUAAAAUUGAGCGGCGGCAGAGCUGAGAGCAAAGUAUCAAAGGGAAGAAAUGUCAGGGGAGGGCAACUUGUUUUUUGCCAUGUAAUUUUCCCAUAUGCUGUUAAAGCAGAGCAGAUGUCACUGGGUAUUGGCAGGGGUAGACCUGGUGGCCUCUGGGACACGGUUUGGUAUACAUGGCCCCCGUGAAGAGCCAUAUAAUUAAGUGUCGAACCAAAGGGAAAGACAGUGGGCACUGCGGUGGUGUGUGGCGCGGCGCGGCAACAGAAAACGGGGUCACACUCCCUCCGCAAUCAGACACCUGAAAGCCUGAUGAAAUUAGUCCAAGCUCCCUGUGACAAGAAUCACCAGCACAGGAAAAAAAAAAAAAAAAAAUGGGACAGCUCUGAGUGAGACACUUUUCCACGGUAGAGAUCCGUGUGCAGUUCAGUGAGUGUGUUUCCAAAGUGACAUCAUUCAAGGAUUAGUUGGAAUACCCCGAUGGGGUUUGCGACUGCCUCGACAGCACUGAAGACAAACCCAGCCUAGGAAAUGGAUGUGCCAAAUUACACAGUGCCACCCGCUGGGAGAGAGCUGCAGGUGUGUGUGCGCGCGGGUGGGUGUCUUUGUAUGUGUGUGCGCGCGAGUGUGUGUGUGUGUGUGUGUGAAGAUAUUGAGAAUUUUAUUUCUACUGCAGCGAAUGUGUUGUUACCCAUACAUCCUUUCACCUUUUCCUCCGCCUUCAUCUCUCCUGCUUCCUGCGUCUCAUCCGUCUUGUCUCUUUUCUUUUUCUUUUGUGCGCAAUUUCUUUUUUCUUUUUUUUUUUUCCUUUUUACCUCCCUCAUGCAAAAUGCAAUCUGUGCAGCUCUACCUCUGUCUCCCACAGACAUGACUUGCCCAUUUUUUCCCCCUACUUCUUCUUCUUCUUUGUAAGUGCCAUACUCUGGACCACUCACUCAUUUCCAGCCAUUUAAGGUCCAAUUUUCUUGAGUGACCGUGUUUCUCUGCUGACUAAGAAGGUAAUGAACAUUAUGCAUUGAGAGGCAGAGCUGAAUCAGUCACCGAACCAAAACUCUAACAUUUAAAUAGCCUGUUUUUCUCCAAAAGGGAAUUCAUUCAGCAUUUUGUCAAAACGUCAAUAAUCUAUCAUUUCCGUGUAAAACAAAAAAAAAAAAAAAAAAAAAAUGCACUCUUGACAGGUUUCUUUUGUACCCACACAGCAUAGACAAAUCACUGGCAUAUUUUUCAGGUUUUUUCCAAACAAGGAGCGUCAUUCACCAUUCACUGGUGCUUUUUUUUUUUUUUUUUUUGCGUCAAACCCAGAUACUGUAACACCUUUUCGCUUAAAAACUGUAACUAUAAUCAGAAAAAGCAACGCUCUCUGAGCCCAAACUCAUCUCUGACAAAUCUCUGUUAUCUCAGUGUCAUUGUACAGAUUACUAAAGAUGCCCUGUUACUUCUAUGUUUAUGUCCAUAUAAUGUAUUUAUAAUCACAGAAAGUGGAGUAAUCGAAAUAAAAUAUCUAUUCUUUCUGUA